GGAUUAUCAUAAAAGUUUGGGUCUUUCUUAAAUAACCUAAAACCUGCAAAACAGUUUUCCACCAACCAAUAUUAAAGGUAUCUUCUAAGGUAAAAACCUGUGGAGAUUUUGCUAGUAGAGCUAUAUUUAGGCCCAAAUGUUAUUUGGAGGGCUUCCUAAGCCUGUUAUUUCUGGUUUCAGUAAAACUCUAGUGUAUGGGUCCCAAUGUCAGUUGUGAUCCCUAAAAGACAUUUGGGUGACAGCUGGCUAAUUUUGAAGAGGAACAGAUGCUGCACAUUGUAAACUGCUUAGAGAGUGCUAGUUCACUGAUAAGUGAUAUAGAAAUGUACUUGCUAUUGCUAGCCCACCCUCAGUGUAUAUAUUUAGUUGAUAUAGCCUGCAGUGCUAAAGACAUUUCUUUGAGGAUAGAUCCAGUUGAACUUAAUGGAACUUACUUCCAUGCUAACAAGCUGAGAAUCCUAUACUUUAGUUAUUUAUCUGCUUAUGAUAAAUAAAAUAACCUUUCAAUUUAUUUUAUUGGUUUAAAAUUUUGGUCUACUACUUUGAUCAACUGACACAGUGGAUUAAUCAGUGGUUGUGGAUUGCACCUUUAGCAUUCCUGAGAAUCUGUUUUCUGCAUUAGAGAAUCAUCUCAGACAGUUUGAGUCAUCUUCAGGCACCCUGCGGGAAAUCUAUUCAUCUAGCUCCAUGAUGACCAAGUCUGAACAAGAAUUAUCCAGCCUCCAUAAUACCAUGCAAGAAGUUGAAAACAAUGAACAGAUACAAUCUAAAAAGAUACAGAGCAUUAAUGAGAAAUUUGGAAAUGCUAUAAACCACUGGAAAAGGAGCCAAGCUGAAUUAGAUACCACUACUAUUAGUUUAAAAUCAGAAGCUAAACUUUUACAUAGUAAAGUUACCUCCCAAAUCAAUGCAGCAGAUCAGAAUUUAAAAUCCCUUUCUGAAAGGCUGAAAGAUCUAGAGGACAGUACAGUCAGAAAUCUUAGAACAGUGAAUAGUCAAGAGGAAGAAGAGCUAACAAAAGUUAAAGAGCAGUUGCACUUUGAUGCAAAGGCAGCUGAAAAAUUAAAAGAACAACAGAACAAUCUUUUAACCAGAGAUAUUGAAUUGAGCCAAAAGCUUGCUGACUAUGAACCUAAACUGGAGGAGUGUAAGAGCCAAUUACCAGCAAUAGAGAAAGCCAUUCAUUCUGUUGUCAGACUAUCAAGUGAGCUGAUUGCUGUAGAGAAGAAAAUGGAAAACAUGACCAUAAAAGUGCUCCAUGUGGAAGAUGAAAUUAGGAAAGCAGUCUCUGACAUAAGGGGCAUACAGAAAAAUCUUGAAGGAACACAUUGUGAAAACAACAUAUUACAGUUUCAGAAAGAAGUGUUUUUUUUAAAAGAAAAAGUCAAUGAAUUUUCGCAAUCCACAGACGAAAACAACCAUAGUAUGAAUGUGUGAGAAGACAGCGCAUUUAAUGGAGCAAGUGGAAUAUCUUCAUAUAAGUUCUCAGAUGAAUCAUCUGCAGGAAGAGAUUAACACUAUGAAGAUAUGGUCUAAGAGAUUAAUUCAAGAAGAGGAACAGCUUCAGCAG